UGGCCUCACGUGCAUGGAAUGGUGCUGUGCCCUGUGCCAGCAGGCUGGGCUCACCAUGGUGCCAGGUGCCAUCCUGGCACGAGGGAGGGACGUGUGCAAGCGAAAUGGCCUGCUCAUCCUGUCUGUGCUAUCCGUCACCGUGGGCUGCCUUCUUGGCUUCUUCCUGAGGACCCGUCGCCUCUCACCGCAGGAAAUUAGUUAUUUCCAGUUUCCUGGAGAGCUCUUAAUGAGGAUGUUGAAGAUGCUGAUCCUACCACUGGUGGUCUCCAGCCUGAUGUCCGGCCUCGCCUCCCUGGACGCCAAGACCUCCAGCCGCCUGGGCAUCCUCACCGUGGCGUACUACCUGUGGACCACCUUCGUGGCCGUCAUCGUGGGCAUCAUCAUGGUCUCCAUCAUCCACCCGGGCGGGGCGGCCCAGAAGGAGACGAUGGAGCAGAGCGGGAAGGCCAUAAUGAGCUCAGCCGACGCCCUGCUGGACCUCAUCCGGAACAUGUUCCCUGCCAACCUGGUGGAAGCCACAUUCAAACAGUACCGCACCAAGACCACCCCCAUCAUCAAAUCCCCCAAGAUGGCGUCGGAGGAGGCCGCUCCCCGGCAGAUCCUCAUCUAUGGGGUCCAGGAAGAGAAUGGCUCUCGUGUUCAGAACUUCGCCCUGGACCUGACCCCACCACCUGAGAUUGUUUACAAGUCAGAGCCUGACACCAUCGAUGGCAUGAACGUGCUGGGCAUCGUCAUCUUCUCUGCCACCAUGGGCAUCAUGCUGGGCCGCAUGGGUGACAGUGGAACCCCUCUAGUCAGCUUUUGCCAGUGCCUCAACGAGUCGGUCAUGAAGAUUGUGGCAGUGGCUGUGUGGUACUUCCCCUUUGGCAUUGUGUUCCUCAUUGCCGGCAAGAUCCUGGAGAUGGAUGACCCCACAGCUGUCAGAAAAAAGCUGGGCUUCUAUGCAGUCACCGUGGUGUGUGGGCUGGUGGUCCACGGCCUCUUCAUCCUGCCCCUGCUCUACUUCUUCAUUACCAAAAAGAACCCCAUUGUCUUCAUCCGUGGUGUCCUCCAGGCCCUGCUCAUUGCAUUGGCCACCUCCUCCAGCUCAGCCACGCUGCCCAUCACCUUCAAGUGCCUACUGGAAAACAACCACAUCGACCGGCGCAUUGCCCGCUUCGUGCUGCCCGUGGGCGCCACCAUCAACAUGGACGGCACAGCUCUCUACGAGGCCGUGGCCGCCAUCUUCAUCGCCCAGGUCAACAACUACGAGCUGGACUUUGGCCAGAUCAUCACCAUCAGCAUCACGGCCACUGCGGCCAGCAUCGGGGCAGCUGGCAUCCCCCAGGCUGGGCUUGUCACCAUGGUUAUCGUGCUUACCUCCGUGGGACUUCCCACUGACGACAUCACCCUCAUCAUCGCUGUCGACUGGGCUCUGGACCGGUUCCGCACCAUGAUUAACGUGCUGGGUGAUGCGCUGGCGGCGGGGAUCAUGGCCCACAUCUGCCGGAAGGACUUUGCUCAGGACACAGGCACUGAGAAACUGCCGCCCUGUGAGACCAAGCCAGUAAGCCUCCAGGAGAUCGUGGCAACCCAGCAGAAUGGCUGUGUGAAGAGUGUGGCUGAGGCCUCGGAGCUGACCCUGGGCCCGGCCUGUCCCCACCACAUCCCCAUCCAAGUGGAGCAAGAUGAGGAGUCAGCUGCCACACAUCUGGACCACUGCACCAUUGAGAUUAGUGAGCUGGAGACCAAUGUCUGAGCCCGCAGAGCCGCAGGGGGCAGGGGGGCCCCCAGCAUUAGGGCCCAAGGGCAGGAUCUCCACCACCUACUUUCCUAAGCACUGGACAGGAGCCAGGCUCACAUUGUCUUCCCACCCUUGAGAGGCCAGAAUCAGCCCCACUUGUCAGACAGCGGAGUCUCAGAAAGGGAAACACUGCCCGUGGAAGCCCCAGCUGGAGAAUGAUGAGCUCACAGCCCAAGCUCCGGCUGUGACAGCUCUACUGUGAUGGCCUCUGAGGGUGGCAGGCAGAGGCUGUACGGUCCUACUUUCUGGAUCACAGAGUUGAGGCUCUGUGAGCUGAGAACACUUGCCCCAGGGCUCAGAGCAAGUAAUGCUUGCCGGGACUCUAACUCAAGUCUUCAAGCCUUGGCCACUCCUUCCCGAAGGACAGAGGCCUACAGGGCCAGAUGCCAGGGGUCCCUGCCCCCUUCCAGGAGCUCUGCAGCCACCACUGCCUUCAGUUUAUGAAGACAUAACAACAUCCUGGUUCUGCCCCAGCUGUGUCCCUGCCCAGCCAGUCCCCCCUCCCUGCCCUAUAACAUGUGGCCUCAGACAAACAGCUCUCCCCGAGGAUGGCCCAGCCCAAGGUCAAGGCCCAUGCCUGCCACGUGCCACAGCCCAUCCCAUCAGCUGUAUCUCACAAAGCCCAGCCGAUGUGGAGAGGGGAUGUCUUCAGAAGAGCUGCAGGAACCCUUAGAGACAUCUGG